UUUCCUUUUCAAGUCACUCCGUUCCCCCGCCUCCACUUCUCACUUCUUGCCCCAACAACGGCCAACGCCAUUGCAGUUUGCAAACAACACCAGCCAAAGCACGAACAAAGCUCUCACGCAUCCACUACUAAUUAAUGGGAAGGAAGGACAUCGCUGCGGAGUACCAGGGCCUGGAGGUCAAAGUUCCCAUCUUCUUCCGAUGCCCCAUCUCGCUGGACGUCAUGCGGUCGCCGGUGAGCCUCUGCACCGGCGUCACCUACGACCGCGCCUCCAUCCAGCGGUGGAUCGAUUCCGGGAACAACACCUGCCCGGCCACCAUGCUCCCGCUUCCGUCCACCGACCUCGUCCCAAACCUCACGCUGCGCCGUCUCAUUGCCCUCUGGGCAUCCACUGCUACGACCUCCUCCUCCUCCUCGUCCCCUGCGCCCUCCGCCGUCGGCCCCACGCCGGCCGCUGCCGCUGCCGAGCUCCUCCGACAGAUCGCUGACCAUAGCGAGGAUCCCUACCCCGCGCUCCACAAGCUCGCGGCUUUUCUCUCGGACGACGAUGUCGACGAGUUCGACAAGAACGCGCUUGCGAGGGCAACCGGCGCCGCGGAGACCUUGGUCUCCGUGCUCCGACGAAGACGGGCGGGUGCGAGCGCCGAGGCAGCCGUGCGGGUGCUCGCAGUGAUCGCCGCGUCCGACUGCAUCGAAGAGGAGAACAGGAAGCGUGUCGCCACCGCUCUUGCCGCGGACGCCGCGUCCUCGGUCGCGUCCCUGGCGCGCGUGCUGAGAAAAGGGAGCUCGCUGGAGGCACGGAUCGACGCGGCCAGGCUUGUCGAGUCAUUGCUCCGUAAUGCGAGGCCAGACGUCAAGGCGACGGUGGCUGAGUCAGAGGAGAUGGUCUCCGAGCUAAUCCGGCUCAUCGGCCCCGUCGACGAGAAGGGCGGUCUGGACAAGCAAGCCGUGGAGGUCGGCCUGUCCUGCCUCGCGACCAUCGCCGGCACGCGGCGCGCGCGCUCCGAGAUGGUCCGUCUAGGCGCGGUCCCGGCGGCCGUGCGCGUGCUGGCCACGGACGCCGGCUCCCCUUCCCAGGCCCUCCGCCUCCUGGAGGCCGCCGUAGGCUGCGCCGAAGGGCGCGCCGCGAUUUGCGAGAGGGCGGAUGCGGCGAUCCCGGCCGUGCUGUCCAAGAUGAUGAAGGGCGGAAUGGGCGGCGCGGAGGCCGGGGUGUCCGUGCUCUGGGCGGUCUGCCACAAGUACAGGGACAGACGCGCCGUGGACGCGGCGGCAGCGUCCAAGGGCGGGCUGACGAGGCUGCUGCUGCUGAUGCAGAGCGGGUGCUCGCCGGCGACGAGGCAGAUGGCGUCGGAGCUUCUCAAGAUGUUCAAGGUGAACGCCAAGAGCUGCCUCGCCGGCUACGACUCCAAGACCACCCACAUCAUGCCGUUCUAAUGGAGAAGCCUGCAAAUGAUGGGUGGAUCAUGGAUUCAUGGAGCGGGAGGUUUUGCUUUCCUUUCGGCGAAAAACUUCAAUUGUUGAUUCGUUCGAUGGAAUUGGGAGAGAAAAAAACAUGUACAUUGUCAGAAAUUUUUGAUAGAACAAAAUGCUGACUAAUUUGAGCUGA